UUCUUGCUGUUUGCUCACGCUUGGUAUGGUGGCUCCUAACAAAACUGUUAGCUGCUCCCCUGGUUUAGCUUCAUCUAGAGCCUCAUGCUUCCCUCUCCUCCACUGAAUGCAAGCUCUCUUGCUCCCAACCUUCCCUUGUGGAGUUUCUCUCUCUCUCUCCCCCUCCCUUUCCCUCCCCUCUGUCUUUCCAGCAACCUGCUUCCUAGCAAUCUUUUGACACCUGAAGGAAAGCUGAGGAGGCGUGACCCCAUUGCCAGAGUAAGGGGAGACAAUAAAAAGGAAAGUCUGAAACGGCAUGGGGAUAGAUGCCUUCUUACGUGUAGCUGCCUCUUGUUUCACAAUGGAUUGUUGAGCAGAAAAGCAACCUGCAUCGAUGAGAGAAACCUUUUAGCGCUGGUGAAACAGGGUUCGUGUCAGGAAGGAGGCCGAGCCAGAAUCUGCAGAACAUGAAUGGAAAUAUCCCACUCCCACCAUCACCCGCCAAGCAUAAUGAGCCACAUACCUCGAGCAUGCCGCUCGCUACGACCUUCACUAAUGAGAACGAUGCACAACAGACAGAGCCUCCUGACACCCCUUCCAGCAUCCAGGAGGAUGCUGAGCCUGCCACAGGAAGGGCAAGUAUCAGCCUGGCAAACAACACUGUGGACAGACAUGAGGGAGCAGCGGCAGAUUUCCAGACGGAAACUGGGAAACAGAGAAGAAGCGGAGAAGCUGAGAGGUCAGGCGACAGCGCCCGUCUGGUAUUGGUGAACGGGUUGCACGGUGAACCUGAGUCUGGGGGAGAGAGAGAUUUCGACGACAAGGAGGGAGCGGAGGCAGAGACUCAGAGCAGUCCAAGUACCGGCAGCCCCGUUUUGGAAGCGAGGGUCUUGGCAAAGAAGCUGCUGUUCAGCAAGAGAAGCCGCAGUGCAGCGCUGCUAGAUCCAGAGGACGGAGAAGAACAGCUGAGCUUUGCUAUUGCAGAAGCCCAGCUCAAUUGCCUCGAUGACGACAGGGAAGAUUUCGCAUUUCAGGAUUUCAGGGACGGAUUCAGCUCUACCUUUGAAAAAAUCGUGGAGUCUGACCUUAUGAAGGGCACCUACUACAGCAGCCUGGACUCCUUGGAUGUGCUGUCACUGACGGACGAAACAGACAGCUGCGUUAGCUUUGAAGCGCCGCUCACUCCUCUCAUCCAGCAAAGAACUAAGGAAAGUUCUGAAGUUUCGGAUCAGAAAGCCGCCACUCACCCGAAGGACGCUCUGGAGCCUGUGGCGACAGAGAGGCCAGAGGAUGCAAUGGCCAAGGCAACGGAGGGCGAUUUUGGGAGCCCGCUGAAGCACUCCAUCACCAGCAGUCGCUCCGAGAACGUGCUGAGCAGGGCAUACCUGAAGACCAUCCCCAACGGGUAUCAUGUUGAAAGACCAGAGGAAGAAGCUUCCAAGCUUAUUAACUCUGUCAGUGAAGUCAGCAUCAAAGACACUCUUUCUGACUCGGAUUCUGACAUGGGCAGCACGGAACAACUGGACCAGGGAAGUACAGACACUCUCGCCAACGGCUGCAAGGCAGACAGCGAGGCUGCCAAAAGAUUGGCCAAAAGGCUCUAUCACCUGGAAGGGUUCAAGCACUGUGAUGUGGCGCGCCAGCUCGGAAAGAAUAACGAAUUCAGCAAGUUGGUAGCCGAAGAGUAUCUCCGCUUCUUCGACUUCACUGGACUCACCUUGGACAAAGCACUCAGAACAUUCCUAAAAGCUUUCCCCCUCAUGGGAGAGACACAGGAACGGGAACGUGUCCUCAUCCACUUUUCACACAGAUACUGUCACUGCAAUCCAGAGGAGAGCACAACUGAAGAUGGAAUUCAUACCCUUACCUGCGCCCUGAUGCUGCUCAAUACAGACCUUCAUGGACAUGUGAACAGUGGGCUGAUCCCUAUCUUCUGUGAAAAAUUGUAA